AUGGGAAAGCGUGGCAACGGCGUGAACUGUGUGGAGGGUGGAGGUGAUGCAGCCGCCAAAGCACAGGAGAUCAUUGCGAAAGCCAAAGCACGAGCCAAUCUAGCCAGGACUGUGAGUCGAACGUCGAUUCCCAGCCCUGCCGGAGCAGGGCAACCCACCCCGAAGAAGCCAGAGGCAGCGCCAGCAGCAGUGCCAUCCACCCCGAAGAAGCCGAAGGCAGCAGUAGAAGUGCAAUCCACCCCGAAGAAGCCGGACGCAGCAGUAGUGCAACCCACACCGAAGAAGCCGGGUGCAGCAACAGUGCAAUCCACACCGAAGGAGUCAGUUGCAGCAGCAAAUAGCGCUACUAGCACGGCAGCCCCAAGUAUCUCCACAAAGAUCUCGCAAGCUGGACAAACCCCUUCGUCGGUCAAGUCGACACCCAUCAAGAGCCCUGACUUGAAGAAGAUCCGGGUCGUCGGCAAGCAGCCGGCCGAUGUGGCAAAGAGGCCGUCGACCAACGAGGCAAGUACGGGCGGUACAGAGGAUUAUGUGAGCCAGGAUGUGGCCAUGGCAGGGACCCCUGUGCCUGUGAGACGAGGCUGGAGCUACGCAGACACUGGGUCGCAGCCGCCACCAACCCCCACACCGUCCAGCAUUGUUGCGACCCCAGUGAGGCCACGAAAUUUGCUUCGCGAAAGCCCAAUGAAGUCACCGAAACCCGCGAGCCCCAUGUCUGUGGAGAAGCCUUGGCCAGCACAUGACGAGCCGUACACAUGGCAUGCAGGCUGGUGGGGAUGGACUCCCCAGUCUUGGAGCAGUGCUGGCUGGGGCUGGGACAAUUAUGGAUGGGACAGCGAAAGCAAAUGGACUUGGGGUCGCAGAGACACCUGGGAACGUGAGUCAACCACCACUGCGGCCUCCACCCCUUCUCCUGCCAGUGAGCCUUCACCCAGCCAUCCCCCCACCCAGCAGCAAAGCCAGGAGGUGAAGCAAGCACUCAAUCGGGGACUGACGACCGUCUCAGAGCAGGAGCUGACGCAGCAAGAAGCGGAGGAGUUUAUCAGGGAGCUGGAGACGCAGGUUGAUGGCUUGGAUCUUUCCGAGAAAGAAGCGCAGACAUUGAGCAAACUGCGGCCACUCGACACCCAGAGCACCAUGCAGUUGGACACACAGGAUAUGAAUGAUGUAGCUGCCGCAACACAGCAAGAGGUGCAGCAGAACCCGACACCCGAGACAAAGCCGCAGCAGCCCACCACGAAGGAGGCACAGCCACAGCAGACCACCAAGGAGGCAUCGCAAGACACACAGCUGCAACAGACCACCAGCGACCCAGCUGCACAGCAGGAAAAGAUCCCAUCAGCACAGACGCACCCACAGGGCACAAAGCAGCAGCAGCCACCCAGCAAGGAGCAGGCCGAUGCACAGGAACAGAAGCCGCCAGAGGAGGCGAAGCCACAGCAGGCCACCAACGAGGCAACGCAACAGGAGACACCGAAGCCGCCACCGAGUCAGGAGCAAGGAAAGGGGGACAGCGGUAUCAUCGAUCAGGCGCAGCAGGGCCCGGUGGAUGAUACGUGGCGGAAAAAUAAACAUGGACAGAUCCUUACCCCGGCUGCCUUGUACAGCCGAUUCUACAGAAGCGCCAGAAGUUCCAAUGCCCCUCCGGAGGUCCAGCAAAAGCUUGCCGACGCCGAGCACAGUGCGAACCGGACGCACAAAAUGCAUGAGCUCUACGUUCACUAUCUGAGCUGCCGGGCCGAUUGGAAGUCCAGUGUGAUCGUGGUGACGAUGAGGAAGGAGACCAAGCGCAAGUCCAAACUGGUCUAUCUGUGGAAGUCCUAUCGGGUGCUAAAAGCAGAGCUCGGGGAGGAGCUAGCGAAAGACCUAGCCACCCGACACAUGGCCAGUGAUCCGAAGAUGUCGGGCAAGUUCGUCCGCCCUCACCCGGACUUCCCCCUCUCCGAGGAAAUGCGGCUUUACAAGUCGUUCCAGGAGAUCAGAGACGAGGAACAGAAGAAUUUCGCACAUUCGGCUGAGUUCCAGCUCACGGCAGAAGGGGAUGAGGAUGAGAUCAUGCAGGGUAUGGAUGAUGCGAUGGCGGCGGAGGAUGACCCGCAGCCUCUGCAGAACGGGAAGCCGAAGGAGGUGAAGGAGAAGAAGGAGAAAAAGGAAAAAACGUGGCGAGCCUUGGCUGCCGAGGCCGACAAGAAGGCGAAUGCCGACAUCGUGGAAAGUGAGGGCUUCGAGGAUACCCUCACGGCUGCCGGAGUGGCCCCAAAGAUGAAGCGAGCAAUCUUGGACGACGUGGAGUCGCUGAAGGGGUCUCUGAUGGAGAAGAAGGCGUUGGUGGCCUCCGCAUUGGGCAAAAAAUACGACGAAGCGAGGCUGAAGCCUUUGGUGGAGGACCUGCAAGAGCUACUGAAGAAAUUCAAAGCUUGUGCCGAGCCGGUGAAAGCUGCUGAACGCAAGACGACGAGCCAGAGCAAGCCCAAAGCCAAAGCAAAAGGCAGAUCGAAGAAGAAGGACUAG